CCGGGUCCGGGGACCCAGGUGUCUGGCCCUUUGUCCCCUCCAAACACCCAGUGCCUAUCAUGUUCCCUUCGGAAAUGCAGCAGCCCCGUGGCGCUCUGGACCCGAGACCUCAGAGGAAUCCCAAGGAAAGGUGGAACUAGGGUUGGCCUUGGGGGAGCUUUCUCGCCCGCCUAUUUCGGGAGGGAAAUGAAGGUUUCCAUGGUUACCCCCGCCGCGCGUGACGUCAUCGUUGAGGGCUGCGGGGCGUGGUUUGGGAGGCAGCGAGCCGUUUGGUUCUCCGAUUCCAGGGUAACUGGAGAGCUUUUGAAACUAAAAAAGGCCCUUCACAGAGCAGAAGUGGGGUUCUGAUAAUACAUUUUAUCUCAAGAUGACAACAGAAUCAACGAAAGCUGCAUCUCAGGACCUUCAGCAGGAUGAAGGACUUCUGAUAGUGAAGAUAGAAGAGGAAGAUUUUGUCUGGAGGCAGGACACUUGCUUACAGAGAAGUGAUCCCCUCAGGCAGGAGCUGUGCCGGCGGCUGUUCAGGCAGUUCUGCUACCAGGACUCCGCUGGACCCCGUGAGGCACUGAGCCGGCUCCGAGAGCUCUGCUGUCAGUGGCUGAAGCCAGAAACCCAUACUAAGGAGCAGAUCCUGGAGCUGCUGGUUCUGGAGCAGUUCCUGACCAUCCUGCCAGGGGAUCUACAGGCUUGGGUACAUGAACAUUACCCAGAGAGUGGAGAGGAAGCAGUGACCAUCCUGGAAGAUCUAGAGAGAGGCACUGAUGAAGCAGUACUCCAGGUUCCAGUCCAUGGACAUGGCCAGGAAAUAUUCAGGAGAAAAGUGGCACCUCCUGGACCAGGACCUAGUGUCCAGUUUGAGCCAAUGGACCCCAAAACCCUUCAUGUUUCUUCGGAACCUCAGCUCCUGCUGGACUGUGAUAAUGAGAGUGAAAACAAUGGAUCCAUGCCAAAGAUGGACAUUUAUGAAAAAAUGGAAUCACAGAGAAUUAUAUCAGGAAGAAUUUCAGGAUUUGUGUCAGAAGGAUCUGCUGAGCCUCAAGACAUCUGUAAAUCUGCAGGCAGGAUAAAGAGGCAAUGGGAAAAAGAAUCAGGGGAGUCUCGGAGACCAUCAUCUGCUCAGGAUGGAGGUUUUAGUAAAAUCCUCACCCACAAAAAUAUACUUACAGGUGAAAUAAUAAGCCAUGUUGGAUGUGAGAGAAGCUCAAAUCUAAACUCAAAUGAAUUUACACACCAGAAAUCUUGUAAGUACAGUACUCAUGACCAAAGUUUCAAAUGGAAUUCAGAUUUUAUUAAGCAUCAAAGAAUUUGUGCUGGAGAAAAAAUUCACCAAUAUGGAAAAUCUCUCAAGAACCCAAACCUUACAAAACAUGCAGCAGUUUUCAGUGGAGAGAAAACACAUCAGUGUAAUGAAUGUGGAAAAGCUUUCAGACAUAGCUCAAAACUUAUUAGGCAUCAGAGAAUCCACACUGGGGAGAGACCCUAUGAAUGUAAUGAGUGUGGGAAAGGCUUUGGGGGGAGUUCAGAUCUUAUUAGACACCAGAGAAUUCACACAGGAGAAAGACCCUUUGAAUGCAAAGAAUGUGGUAGAGCAUUUAGCCUGAACUCACAUCUUAUCCUGCAUCAGAGAAUUCACACCAGAGAGAAACCCUAUGAAUGUAGUGAAUGUGGGAAAACCUUCAGAGUGAGCUCACACCUUAUUCGACACCUGAGAAUUCAUACUGGAGAGAAACCGUAUGAAUGCAGUGAGUGUGGGAGAGCCUUCAGUCAGAGCUCUCAUCUUAGUCAACAUCAGAGAAUUCACAAGAGGGAAAACCUAUUAAUGUAAAGGACUUAAAAACUCAUAUGGAAAUGCCAAGGAAAUAGUAAAACAUGAAAAACAUCAAAUAAAAUAAAUAUUGGG